AUGCUUGGAAAUGGACGACUGGAAGCACAGUGUUUCGAUGGCGAGAAACGACUAGCACACAUUCGUGGCAAGAUGAGGAAGAAGGUUUGGAUCAAUCAAGGAGAUAUCAUUCUGCUUUCCCUGCGUGACUUCCAAGACGACAAGGCAGACGUUAUCGUCAAGUACACUGCCGACGAGGCGCGUAACCUCAAGGCCUAUGGGGAGCUGCCGGAGAAUGCAAAGAUCAACGAUACCGACACUUAUGGAGAGGCGGAAGACGGAAUUGUGUUCGACAACGACGACGAGGUCGAUAUUGAUGAUCUUUAG